UCUCAAUCUCUAAAUUCUACCAUAUAUAAUCUUGUACUCUUGUUCGCUCCAAAAAUGUUGUUUUAGGGUUUUAGGACUUCGUCACUUUACUGACAGCAUCGCCGCAGUGAUGGAGGAGGCCGCCGCGAACUCGUCGUCUUCCCCCGCAGCUCCGAUGUGCUGGAGCACUAUCUUGAAGAUCCAGCCACCGGCGCCGGCGCCGAAACCACAGAGCUCUACCAGCGCGAGCCAGAUGUUCGUCGAGAGCUGCAAGUCGACCAAAGGGAUUUCUGUGGCUGUUAUCGAUGCCAAUGCGGUGAUCGAAGGCGGAGAGAGGCUUCAUCACCUGGCCGACAAGUUCGUCACCGUCCCUGAAGUUCUCGAUGAAAUUCGUGAUCCCGUUUCUCGCCACCGCCUUGCUUUGAUUCCCUUCACUAUUGAAUCAAUAGAGCCGACCCCUGAAGCACUCAACAAAGUGGUCAAGUUUGCUAAGGCAACUGGUGACUUGCGGACUCUGUCGGAUGUUGAUCUUAAACUCAUUGCCCUAACAUACUCCUUGGAGGGACAGAUACACGGGACUCAACAUCUUAGAGAUGCACCGCCGCCUGUCCAUACAGUUAAUGUGAAAAGGUUGCCUGAGAAGGAAAUGCCUGGAUGGGGCUCUAAUGUUCCUAAUUUGAAAGAGUGGGAGGCAAUAGAAAAUGAAUCUGGUGAUGGUACAAACUCGAACUCGAGAAUUCUGCCCUUGAAAGAUGUAGACUUGAACACUAUUGUAAUAGACGAUGACAAAUCUGAGGCUGACACUGCAACUACUAGAGGAGAUGAUGACAAGCAUUCGGAGAAUCAUGAUGAUGUUGAGGAUGGUAGGCUGACGCACAGAAGAUACCCAUCGCAGAAAAAAGAAGUAAAAAUUGAAGGGAAGAAGAUGGUUGCAGAUGGUAUUGAUGCAUCUCACGGGCAAGUUGAUGAUAAUGCUGGUGAUUGGUUGCCUGCUGUUAGUAAGAGUACUCAUAGAAAGUAUCUUAGAAGGAAAGCUAAAUGGGAGUACUAUGAAGCUUUAUCUGAGAAAGAGAGUCAGCAAGAUAUGGAGGGACAAUUGGCUGAUGACAGUAUGAAAGAAAGAAGUGACACUGAUCAGCUUCUGAAUCAAGGGUUGGAAGCAGAUGCUGCAAAUGAAGCCUCGAAGAAGGAGAAGGUUGAAAAAGUGAAUAAUGGAGAUGAAAACCUGAACUCAAUCCUUAAACAAAUGAGUUUGGAUGAAGAUUCAGUGGAGACCCAUCAGGAAGGGAAUGACAAAAACAAUGGUUCGAGAGGCAAUGGCGAUGAACGUGCACAUCUCUCCGGAGGUGAAAAUGAUGUUGCAAAUGCAGUAGAUGAUGGGUUGGAGAAUUUGAGUGAGACACAUGAAAGUUGUGAUACUCAUUGUGAGGAUGAUGAUAGUAGUGAGCAAAGUUGGAUGCUUAGAUCCUUGUCAGAGUCAAGUGUAGCUUGUGUUACUGGUGACUUUGCUAUGCAGAAUGUUCUCCUGCAAAUAGGUUUGCGACUUCUGGCUCCCGGAGGAAUGCAAAUUCGGCAGCUUCACAGAUGGAUUCUGAAAUGCCAUGCAUGCUUCACUGUGACUUGUGAAAUCGGAAGGCUCUUCUGUCCCAGAUGUGGAAAUGGUGGCACACUGAGAAAAGUAGCAGUUACAGUUGGUGAGAAUGGGGUAGUUCUAGCAGCACGUCGCCCUCGUAUCACACUGCGUGGUACAAAGUUUUCCUUGCCUUUACCACAAGGUGGAAGGGACGCCAUUACUAAGAACCCAAUUCUGCGUGAAGAUCAAAUCCCACAAAAGUACCUUCGCCCUAAGACGAAGAAGAAAAGUAAUAAUAAGGACGACGACUUCUUUGUUGGUGCAGGUGACAUCUUCAGCCAUGUUGACAAAAGGUCUGCUUACAAGCCACCUGUAGGAAAAGCGUUUACAGCUUAUGGUGGACGGAGGAAUCCUAAUGACAAUCACUACUCCCGCCAAAAGCACUGAUUUGUGGUUGACAUUCUUAGUUUUAGCUCUCUCCCCUGGAACAAGAGCUGUUUCAGUUUACGAUCCUUUGGCGUGUGACUAGUUAUGUCUCAUUACAUAUCUCUGGUUCUGCUGGUGAAUCAAAUCCCAAUUUUGAGUCAUUUCUGAUUUGCUCGUGUAAUAGCUUCUAAGAAUAUGCACCUGGUAAAAAAAAUUAUAUGGUUUGAACUGCACACCCGACGAACUUUGUCUUCCUCUACUCUCUCGCGUCCCUGUACUAGAGAAAUCCAGUUUCGACACUGGCAGAUUUCCAUAGACACCGGCUUUCCAUCGGCCUCCCCACGCGAAGACACAGCAGCGACUCUCGAUUGAAGAGUUAUCCUGCGAACAGUAGUUGGCAACUGCCGGGAAAAUUGUCAUCGAUGUCAGCUGCAGCAGGCUUCGACGGUGGUGAGAUGCCCAACUUCUGGAUCGAUCAGCGUCCUUCGGUCGAUCUAUCCUCUUUUCCUCGAAGUAUUUCUUGCACCUGAUUCUUGCCCCAUUUUCGUUUUUCUGCAAAUAGUCUGGGAUUCCUAAUUUUGAAUUCUAACCUCCUAAUUGCUUCUGUUUUCGUCAAUCAAUUCUGUGCUAUGGG